AUGGAUGUGUCGUUGUCGUUUUCGAAAGAUUUCUCUGGUGGUGUGUUUACAGAGAAAGGGAUCAGAGAUGAGCGAUGCAGAUGGCGGGGUCAGGGUGAAAAAAGAAUGCUUAUCCGCCUGUCCUUGUUCAAUAGUACGGAAUGUGGGCUCAGAACAAACGAGACGAGUGGCGAAUAUAGCAUAAAGCUGAUUAUAAGUCCUGUCGAUGGUCUUCUCGUGGACGGUUUCUCAGCGAUGAGCGUUCGAUGUGUAUAUAGCACCCAGGACAUUACUCUCACACUUCCACCAGGACCUAAUGGUCUCUCGGCAUUGCAAAUCAAUGGACCACAACGUGAUGAGGGCGUGAUCACAGGCAAUGGAGGGGCUCCAUUGCUUUCAAUGCAAAUUCUGGAUGGUCACGGUAUCAAUGGGAUUCCAGUGGCUAGAGCCAGCGUUGGCCAACGGAUCACACUCGAUCUUGCAUUGAAGAACACUGCAAUCUACGAUUUCUAUGUGCAUUCAUGCUAUGCCCAUGACGGUACUAACACAGCUGACGCAAGCAUCAACAUCAUCGACAGUGAUGGAUGUGCUGUUCGAUUGAGCCGAGCUGUAGACGCUCCAGUUUUCACUACUGAACCCAUCAAUCACGGUCCUAAGCAUGUCUACCUCCACAUGUACGGUUUCCAGUUCACCUCCUCACAAUUCGUUCACUUCGAAUGCCAAGUGAAACCAUGUGUGCACUCAUGUCGAAGACAGCAGUGCGAACCUAACGCUGGUAAAGCGCCUCUGAUUCCGGCACUCCGUCGAAGGCGAGAAGAAAUGGAAAGAAAUGCCACUCUCACGACGCUAAAAAUGCAAACCGUUCUUGAGAUUGAACCUCAACAAGUUCAACGGGCAGCACUUGGUCGGUUCUCUAGUCAGAGCGUUUUCUGCCCUCAUGAACCCUUAGAUUAUGGACCACAACGUGAUGAGGGCGUGAUCACAGGCAAUGGAGGGGCUCCAUUGCUUUCAAUGCAAAUUCUGGAUGGUCACGGUAUCAAUGGGAUUCCAGUGGCUAGAGCCAGCGUUGGCCAACGGAUCACACUCGAUCUUGCAUUGAAGAACACUGCUAUCUACGAUUUCUAUGUGCAUUCAUGCUAUGCCCAUGACGGUACUAACACAGCUGACGCAAGCAUCAACAUUAUUGACAGUGAUGGAUGUGCUGUUCGGUUGAGCCGAGCUGUAGACGCUCCAGUCUUCACUACUGAACCAAUCAAUCACGGUCCUAAGCAUGUCUACCUCCACAUGUGA